AUGCCGCCACCGCUUCCUAGGUUCCCUGGCGGGCCCAACACCAUAUCGCCCUACCACCAGCAGUUCCCCUCGCACGCCGCCCAGGGCCACGGCGCGAACCAUGGGCCUCCCCUUGGCGGGAACCCCUCCUACCUCAACGCCAACGCCCAGAUCAGUCCUUUCUCCACGAAUGGUAAUGUCCUCGCCGGCACCCCGGGUUUAAACGGCGGCUUCCCCCUCGGCGCCGACAAUAGCCUCAGCAGCCAUGCCGCGCGGAUGAGCUUCCACGCGGCGAACCUGCAACAGCAGCCGCACGGUCAGCCGCAGCAUAACUUUGCGCUCGAUCACGGUGGUGCGCCGACGCGGACAACGCAGAACAAGGGGAGGAUACGGGAGGUCUGGAAGCACAAUCUCCAUGAGGAGAUGGCCGUGUUGAGGGAGCUCGUCGACAAGUACCCGUACAUUGCUAUGGAUACUGAAUUCCCAGGCGUGGUAUCACGGCCAAUGGGCUCCUUUAGAGGAAAGAGCGAUUACCAUUACCAGUGCCUGCGCACAAACGUUGAUAUGCUCAAGGUUAUCCAGAUUGGACUGACCCUAUUUAACGAAGACGGUGAAACCCCUCCCGCGCGACCAAAUUCGACCCAGGAUAUCGAACUAGGCGCCGCUGGCAAGAGGGCCGCAUCACAAGGCCCCUUCCCAUAUGCCUGGCAGUUCAACUUCAAGUUCUCCGUCAAGGACGAUAUGUACAACGAGAAAUCGAUCGAAUCAUUAUCAAGUGCGGGAAUCGACUUUGCCCUUCUCGAGAGGGACGGCAUUGACCCGCACGAGUUCGCUUCCCUACUCAUCCCGUCCGGCCUCGUAUGCUUUGACAACGUAAAAUGGAUCUCGUUCCACGGCGGCUACGACUUUGGCUACCUCACCAAGCUACUUACCUGUAACGAUCUUCCUAACGACGAAGCAGACUUCGAUCAAGUCAUGAAGUUGUACUUCCCAUCAGCUUAUGAUGUUAAGCACCUCAUGAAGCAUGCGAUCCGGCUCCACAACUCAGGAUUGCUCACACCGAGCGAUCCCAGCAGCGCCGACAUCCUGCAAAAAUUUGAGCACAAGUCUGGCCUCGAGAACAUUGCCGACUCCCUCAAGAUCAAGCGCGUGGGCAACGCGCACCAGGCUGGUUCCGACUCCCUGCUCACGGGCAAGGUUUUCUUCCAAAUGCGAGAUAAAAUCUUCAACGGAGAAAUCCCCGAGGAGCAUGUCGGUAAGGUCUGGGGUCUUGGUAUCCCGGAUCUUCUAAUCCUCGAACGGCUGCCGUUCGGAAAUAAUGCUGGCAACCAGGACCAGUCGCAGGGCCAGGGACCCAACGGCCAGCAGAAUGGGGGGCCAAGCACGCCCAAUACCAACAGCGUCGGUCUUGUGAGCACACCCGCCGCACAGUCGCACAACACCAACGGCCUUUCCAUGGGGCCAAUGACGCCCGGCGGAGGCGGCGGCGUGUUCGGUAACUUUGCCUUUGCCGGCAGUAGAUAA